CGUGAGAAAUAAAGUGGCAGUGCGAGCUUCGCGGGGACAUCAGUGGCUGUUUGGCAGCGCGGCGCAUCGCUCUGCUUCCCCUCGCUGCGGUGAUUAAAGUUGAGCCGCUGACCUGCGCGCUUCCUCCCGGGGAAACUGCGCGUUUAACGAGCGUCAGUUUCCAUUUCUCCACUCCAGAUCAUUUGUUGCUGUCCGAGAGCUGAGCUUCAGCCCGGCGCACGGACGGAUCCGGCUCCCAGGAUCACAGAUGGACUGGCUCGCACCUGAGAUGUGAACUGUGUUAUGUGAGCCAAGGUGUUUUCCCACCUUGCCGGUGGGGAAGAGAUGCUGCACUCCGUUACCAUGGCAGCGGAAGUUCUCCUUCUUCUGGGGUUCCUGAUGAGCGGCGCCCUGUGCAAUCCCAUAGCGACGCUGCCGGUGAGCCGGGAUCGUCUGGAGAAGGUGCUGACCCAAUCCCGGCAUGAGGAACAGCAGGACAAGCAGAGUCCAGAGGAGCCGCUGGAGUACGCCGCUCAGGAAACCAAAGCCUUCGGCCCCAACAGGACUGCCCCAGACCUCACUGGGCCUAGCUUUAGCUCCCCGUCACGUGGACUGAAAGGUGGCGAAUCCGAGCAGCAGUGGAGUGAACAGGACAGCCUAAACCAAAUAGACGAGGGCCCCACCAGAGAUGUGGCCCUCUCCCUGGAUGCCAUUGACGAGUACGCCUACCCAGACUACAGAGGGAAAGGCUGCAUGGACGAGAGCGGCUUUGUGUUUGCCAUCGGCGACCAGUUCACCCCAGGCCCCUCGACGUGUCCUUGCCUCUGCACGGACGAGGGCCCUCUGUGCACCAAGCCCGAAUGUCCCAAGGUCCACCCUCGCUGCAUCAAAGUGGACACCAGCCAGUGCUGCCCUCUGUGCAAGGAGAAAAAAAACUACUGCGAGUUUCGGGGCAAGGUCUACGCCUCACUAGAAGAGUUUAAGGUUUCUCCGUGUGAGAAGUGCCGGUGUGAGCCCAGUGGAGAGGUUCUGUGCUCGGUGUCCGCCUGUCCUCAGACUGAGUGUGUGGACCCGGAGUACGAACCCGACCAGUGCUGUCCCAUCUGCAAGAGCGGGCCCAACUGCUAUGCGGACACAGAGGUGAUACCAGCUGGGCGAGAGGUGAAGAUUGAUGACUGCACAAUCUGCUACUGCACGUAUGAGGAGGGCACGUGGCAGAUCGAGCGGCAGGCCACCUGCAGUAAAAACGAGUGCUAACAAAGCUAAAGACUGGCACAGGUGAGGAGGGGCGGAGGAGGCAACACCCUCGCCGAACCACAUGCACACUCUCGGACUCUCACCCAGUCCACUGAUGAUCAGGGUCAGACAGCGGCGCUCCAACAAUUCAGCAUUUAUACAGCAGCCACUCCCCAACGACUGAAAAUGCUUUUAUGAAAGUUUCUAAUCUUCACACAGAUUAUCUAUUUAUCUAUGUAUUAAAUUAUUUCUGAAUAUAUUCAAAAUAUAAGGUCAUGCUGAACUAGUGAAAAGAUAUUUUUUAUAAUUUCUGUAUUUUAAUAAGCAAUGUACUGGACCAGAGGUCAACAACAACAAAGGAAUGUACAGAACACACGCUCACACACACACAGCUGUCUCUAGAGGUGAAAAACCUCAAUGUCUGAACAUGUGGUGUCAUCGUGACCUGACCCAACACCAGUCCGGUGCUCAUAACGGCGCCUGACUCAAUCUGUCCUGAAGCUAGUCCAUACCCCACCCCAAACACCACGCCAGAAACCAGUUCAGACCUUUACCAAAACCUGCCCAACAUCCAUUCCAACACCAGUCCUUACCAGUCCUCACACCAGUCCUCAUAACAGUCCAGAUAGCAAUCCUAGAACCAGGCCCAACUUCAGUCCCAACUGGCUGAACCUGUUCCAACACCAGCAGAAGUCUCCACACUAGGCCCAGACCCGUCCAACACCACUCUUGACACAAUCUUGACAAAUGUUCCAACUUCGGUCCUGACUGCUCCGACCACUAGUCCCGGCAGAAAUACCUACACCAGUCUUGAUAUCAGACCCAACACCACCUCAAACUCCAGGCCUAUUACCAGACCCAAUACCAGUCCAAACACCAGACCAAUGCCAG